UAUCAUACUCCGAGCUAUCAGAAAACUACCAGCUAAGACAAUUAGAUACGAGAGAUUACCUAUCACUUUCGACGUACUUGAGCAAAUGAAUGAUCGGCCCGAGGUGGACUAUUUGAUAAUUAUACAAACAUUCUACUUGAGGCGGCAUAACCAGUGGCGUUCUUUGGGUUUUUGCGAUGCAGUGAGUUUACUCAGACGAGUAAGUCAAGCCCGUUUGUACGCGUCAGGGACAUAAAAUUGGGAAAAUCAAAAGCGGUCAUUUACUUGCCAGAAUCAAAAAUGGACGUGUUUAGAAGAGGUGUUUCCAUACCACUGUAUGCUACAGAUGCCUUGAUCUGCCCCGUGAAAGCGGUUCAACGCUUCUGGAACCUAAGGAAGCGCAUAGAACCUUUAUCACCAGACGAUCCAUUCUUCCUGUGUCAGAACGGCGAAGCGCUUUCGAGAAUGGUGUUUAUAGCAAAGAUGAGACACAAUAUAGCCUCAACGGGACGCGACCCUAAGCUUUUUAAUGGACACUCAUUUCGAAUAGGUGCCUCUACUCAAUCGUCAAAGGCUCUUGGUCGCUGGAAAGGAGACACCUACAGACGCUACAUUAGGACACCAAAUGUAGUUAUCAAACAGGGACAAUUAGUGUUAACAAGAUCAUGAAUUUGACUUGACUACACGUCAUACAGCCAUUUAAACAAACAUUUACAUCCGUAAGACAACUUUACGGAACAGUGCGUGGGAAUAACAGGUUUAUAAACAAACGUUAUAAACGUUUAAAAACGUUUAUAAAGCCCGUUUCUACGCAUCAGGGAGCAAAGUUUAGUAGGGAUAAUAUUUAUAGUGAAGCUUUCCAUCCAUCCAAAGACUUGUUGUGUUGAAAUGGCAAUGCAUUAUUCUGAAUUACCAUCAACUUUUAAAUCAAUAGGCCUUAAUAAAUUUAAUCAUGCGUUACACUUCAUUUAACUUAGCUUAAACAAAACUCAAAACAUUUUCUGAAAGUUUGAAGCA